AUGAGUGCGGUUUUCAAGCUGUUUCAAACAAAGAGUUUGGCUGCAAAAAAUUCGGAUAGUCCAACCAGAAAUCUUUAUCUCAACUUUUCAAACAACAACUCUCAACAAUCCACUGCAAUUGAUGCCAACGGAAACACGCUCGAGCCAAAAGAGUUCACCUUUCACUGCUUGAUCUGUGACUAUAAAAGUCCAGUGGUUCAACUGAAACAUAGACAAGAAUGCAUCAAUUCGGUGGAUAACCGCGAAUGCCCAUUCUGUCAUCACAAACGUCGUAACUAUUUGAUUGAGGAUCAUAUUGAACAAUGUGCUCGUGCAACAGGCAAAAGUACUAUUGAGACCCACAAAGCCAUCUUCACUAUCCGUUUUUCAUCACAAGAAAUUGAUGACGUGUUGGCUCAAGAAAGGAACCGUAUACUCAAUGAAUACAAAAUUCAACUUGUGGCAAACUAUCUCUUACAAGUUACUCCAUGUUUGGUUUGUGAGACUAGCAAACUCGAUGAAAACAUUUACAUACAUACAGUUGAAGGAGAGACGUUCCGAAGAAACGCGGGAAAUUACUUGAAAUCAAAAAUCAUACCUCAUUAUGUCUCUCUUCUCGAAAUUCAGAAAGAGGAAAUUCUUCAACAAAAAGAAGCUCUAUUUGUAACUCAUUGGCGCCAAAAUCAUCCCGAGGAUCCUGUUAGUGGAAGGGAGCGGGCCAAUUUCAUGGCGAAGUUUGGUGACAUGUGUGAGAAGAGCAACGAGGAAUCGGUGAAGAAAAAGAUGACGGAAAUGAAUAAUACUAUCAACGAACAUGCUAAAAUACUUUGCAAGGAGAUGAUUACUGUAAAGAAAUAUCUAAUUUUUGUGUGCACUUGUCGGUGCAAACCUGAAUUCGAUUAA